AUGCUUUUUGCUCUAUUCGCUCUUCCAGUUCUUGUCGCUGGGCUUCCCAACAUAGGAGCCCGGGAGAAUGAUGGGCUUCACCUACCUUUUGUGCGCCGUGCUCUGCCUCGCCGUGGAGAUGUCACCGGUUGUACUACCGGAUAUGUGGGCCAAAUGGGUCGGUCCUUGGACUCCAUCAAGUCCAAGUACGGCGUCAAGACCUGCGGGUCGAAUGAUACCGGCAUCGUUGGGAUCGACAUGAUCAACCAGGGCGGCGAUUAUGAUUAUUUGGCGAGGAUCGAAGUUGGGACUCCUCCGCAGUCGUUGGAUGUUCAACUCGACACAGGGUCAGCCGAUCUGUGGUUCACGGCGUCAACGUGCGACAACUGCCCAGCCGGUUCACCCGAGUUCAACAUAUCCCAGUCUUCCACUCUCAACGAUACGUCGCAGUCCAUCAAUCUCACUUACGGUGCUGGCGGCGUAUCUGGUAUACUCGUCCAGGACACUGUCACUCUCGGGUCAUACACCAUUGCUAAUCAGACGUUCACGGCGGUCACCGACUUUCACCCCAAUCCAAUCUCCGGCUCGACGGGCGGAGUGCUCGGACUUGCGUUCGUCGACGCUUCUUUCUCGAAAGCGACUCCUUUUUGGCAGGCCUUGUUCAACGCCGGGCUGAUCAAUCAACCCGAGAUGAGUUUCUACUUCACCAGGUUCAAGGACAGUGUGAGCCCCUUGGGCAAUACGUCCGUGUUGAACCCUGGAGGAACUCUCACUCUUGGUGGGACGAACAAUAGCUUCUAUAAGGGAGAGAUAGACUUCCAGCCGUUGGCCUUGAACACCAAUGGCUCACGCACUGUCUGGCUGCAGACUGUCAAGGAGUUCACCUUAGAUGGGGAAGCUCUCGACAUUGGCAACGACACAGAGAACGUAGCAGCGAUUGACACCGGCACACAGUUCAUCGGGGGACCGACCAAGGCCGUGGAAGCCUUCUGGUCUAAGGUGGACGGUUCCGAAAAGGCGAACUCUACCGGCCUGUACCAGUACCCAUGCACUACCAACCUCACGUCGACGCUCUCUUUUGGAGGCAAAGCAUGGCCUAUUUUCGCAGACGACAUGAACCUUGGUCCCGCUCCUAACACGACGGGCUUGUGCUUGGGCGCGGUAUUCGAUCUACAAGAGACCUUGGUGAACUCGGACAUACCGGACUUGCCUAACUGGCUGAUUGGCGAUACCUUCCUCAAGAACGUGUACUCUGUUUUUAGAGGUGGCGAAGAUGCAGCUGUUGGGUUCGCGGAGCUGGCUGAUGGCCUGAAGUAA